AUGAACAGAAACUACAAACAUGUGAAAGCGAGGUUCCCAAACUGCCCGCCGUGUCGAUGUGACGAUCUAUGUUUCAUCGAUGGAAAUUGCUGUCCCGAUAAGUAUUUCAAUGCAAGAAAUGAACUCCGGUCCGUAUACUUGUCGGACAAAAUGAAGGAAGAGGACGAUAUAAAGAUGAAUUUUAUCGAUAAAUGUCCAGAUGGCGCACCCGCAAAAGAGCAACAGGAAUGUGAGAAAGACCUUACUCAGUUAGAGCGGUUGUUUUUACCGCCGUGUACGUCAUCCAUAGGUAAGAAAAUCUACUGGAACAAGCACUGUGCUUUGUGUCAUAAGGAACGGGAGGAGACACUGGACUUUUGGGGCUUGUACGUGAGCCGUGACUGCAGCGAACAAUUGUUUUAUCUGAGCUCAUGGGAAGAAAUCCUAACAUAUACAGAAUCGUCAGGUUGUGUGAUGCGCUACAAUCCCCCGGGACAGAUUCCCUCUUUAUCCCCUUACGAUGACGUAUCAGACCACUGCAAAGACGGAAGCGACGGGGACAUCACCAAUGCAUGUAUGUCCAGCUAUAAUGUGAAAUACAGAAGCUUUAGAAAUAUUUUUUGCGCCAUGUGUAACCCGUUUUCAGAUCUUGAUAGAGCGGCCUUCAUUUCCUCCUGUCAUUACAAUGGCCCGUCCCCGUCUCAGACAGAUUCAGAGUGGCAGACAUUGAAGUUUCUGUGUUACAGUUCCGAACUUUCCAGUCUCACUUACCCGUACAAAAACGUAUUUUGUUAUAUGUGCAAUGUGCGCUUUUCAGCACGACAAAAGGUUGAAGAAAACGUGGCACAUUAUGCUGAUGGCACUCUCACUGUGCGACACAGUUUACAUGGGGUGGGAAGAUAUGCGUUUAAUGUUUACAUUACAGAAGUAAACAUUGAUAAUCUUACCUGGAUAUAUGACGAUAUUAAAUCUGUAGUUAGAGAUAUUGAGUUGAACAAUUUGAGUGAAAGAGACUUGCGUCCGUAUGGUGAACGUUCUCUGAACAUUAGUCACCUGGCACGAGUUUAUUACGCUUCGCUAGGUGCUCACUUCUGUGACAUUUCCAUAGUAAACGAUGCAUCACCUGUAUAUGGAAUGUGUGCAUGCGAUCCAUCAUGUAUCUUUGGGAGAGGCGAAAUAUGCUGUUUUGAGACAAUGGUGAAGACGCCAUACACUUGCCUACAGACAUACGAUGGAAACAGUUACCUUGUAAUCAACGGUUGUAGCGAUGAAAAGCUGAAGUCCCGAGAUCCAAUGAAAUACACAGCUAUGGAACACCUGUGUAACACUGAACUAGAUUUCCCAGUUGUGAUUAAUAAGGUGUCGUAUCGAAAUAUAUUCUGCUUGUUAUGUAACGAGCAUACUUUCGCCGCAGCUACACCCUGGAGCUUUAUACUGCGAUGUCAAGCAGAAAUACCUCUGUUAUAUCACAUGACUAUAAUUCCAAAUAUAAUCAAAGAAGCUAGGAAGCGAAGAUGUAUAGUAGAUUUCGAUACGUCAAUGGCCUACCGGUGUUCAAAUGAAUUUACUCAAUGUACAUAUUUCGACGACCAAAAUAUUGUUGAAGUUUGCGAGCAUACCGGCUUCAAGUUUCUCAAACGUGGGGUGGAGUUCUGUGAUAUGUGUAGACAGCCGCCCCUCACACGGAAGUCGAACUGCACUCCGGAGAGUCCGUAUUACAGUCCCGAUUUACAAUCUAAGUGCGCGGAAUUUCCGGAGGUCAACCAUUACGAAUUUGGAGAUUAUAAAAACGUUUUCUGUUUCAAAUGUAACGUUUUACGUGUUUCAUAUCCUGUUGACACUCAGGAAAAGGGAACUAAACACCCAUUUAUAGAAAUCGAAAGACCCAUGCAACUCAUACUAUCAAACCCAGCAAAACAAAUGCAGGUACAUCUCUUAAUCUAG